CGUUCCGUCAGGCGUUAGGUUCCCGAUACGUAUUGAGCAUGCACCAUCAAAAGAAAGUUCAAUGACUUGACAAAGUGAAAAGAAAAUAAGGACAGCAUCAAUACAGCAACAACACCUUUUUCGAGAUCAGAACUUCCAUUAUCUCAGGAGCGCAAACGCUUUAGCUUGCAGCCAUGACGACGGACAUACGCGUGCGAUGGGAGCCCGACCAGGAGAUCACAGAGGAUGAGGACAACAGUUCAUCGAGAUUGUUUGAGCGGGCCAGGAUCAAAGCCCUCGCAGAUGAGAGAGAGUUGGUACAGAAGAAGACGUUCACUAAGUGGGUGACGUCGCACCUGCUGCGCAUGAACAGCCGCGUCGGGGACCUUUACGUCGACCUGCGAGAUGGCAAGAUGCUGCUCAAGCUGCUCGAGAUCCUGUCGGGAGAGAGACUGCCGAGACCGACAAAGGGUAAGAUGAGGAUUCACUGCCUGGAGAACGUGGAGAAGGCGCUGCAGUUCCUGCGGGAGCAGCACGUUCACCUGGAGAACCUCGGAGCGCACGACGUAGUCGACGGCAACCCGCGACUCACGCUCGGCCUCAUCUGGACCAUCAUCCUGCGAUUCCAGAUCCAGGACAUCACAAUAGACCGCAACUUCACGACGACUGGCGCGACAGGCCUCGCCAGUCAACGCCUGCAUCACAAGCACAGGCCUGAUCUGAUCAGGUACGAGUCGCUAACCAAGACCAACGCAAUGCACAACAUUGGGAACGCCUUCAACGUUGCUGAGGACAAGCUUGGCAUUAUGAAGCUGCUCGAUCCAGAAGAUGUGAGUGUAGACUAUCCUGAUGAGAAGUCGAUCAUCACCUACGUGGUUGCCUACUACCAUUACUUCUCCCGCAUGAAGGCGGACACAGUACAGGGUAGACGUAUCGGCAAGGUGGUGGACUCUGCGAUUGAGAACGAGCACAUGAUCACGGAGUACGAGUCCAUGACCUCUGACCUGCUCGAGUGGAUCAAGGAGACGAUCGUCACGCUGAACGAGCGCGUCUUCUCAAACUCGCUCAACGGCGUACAGCAUCAGCUGCUGGAGUUCAACACCUAUCGCACCGUCGAGAAACCGCCCAAGUUCGUGGAGAAGGGAAACUUGGAGAUCCUGCUGUUCACGCUCCAGAGCAAGAUGAGGGCGAACAACCAGAAGCCUUACCUCCCCAAGGAGAGCAAGAUGAUCUCCGACAUCAACAAGUCAUGGGAGAGGCUGGAGAAGGCAGAGCACGAGAGAGAGCUGGCACUGAGAGAGGAGCUCAUCAGGUACGUGUAUGUAGACUAUCCUGAUGAGAAGUCGAUCAUCACCUACGUGGUUGCCUACUACCAUUACUUCUCCCGCAUGAAGGCAGUGCGAGGGAGGGGAUCAGGGGGAAGGUGGGAGAGAGGAUGGGUCAGCGAGAAGGAGAAGCUGUUGGACACGAUGAUCCCGGGAGGAGAGGCAGACUACGAUGAGCUCGCCAUCAUGAAGUGCAGGUUCGAGGGAUUCGAGCACGAGACCGCCGCCAACAAGGAGCGGGUGGACACGGUUAACGAGAUCGCUAAGCAGCUGGUGGAUGCUGAGAACCCACACGCUGAUGAGAUCGUUGCUCGCCAGGGCCAGGUCAACCAGAAGUGGUCGGAGCUGCUGCAGCUGUCGCAGCAGAAGAAGGAUGACAUCAGACAGUUCCACGGCGUGCAGACCUUCCACAUUGAGACCGAGGAGACCAUCGAGGCUGAGAAGCUGCUGCAGGACCACCAGGCCUACAAGGAAGAGAUCGACGCGUACGCAGACGACUACGCCAAGCUGCGUGAGACGGGAGAGCAGAUCACUGCCGACCAGACCGACCCACAGUACAUCUUCCUCAGACAGCGUCUCGAGGCCCUGAACGACGGCUGGGAGCAGCUGCAUCAGAUGUGGGACAAGCAGCAGCGCUUCCUUGCCGAAGCCCUCAACCUGCAGGUGUUCCUGCGUGACGCCAAGCAGGCUGAGACCAUCCUCAACCGCCAGGACAACUUCCUAGCCAAGGAAGAGUUGCCGACUUCGCUGGAGCAGGCGGAGGCAGCGGUGAAGAGCUACGAGGCGUUCAUCAACACGAUGGACGCUAACGAGGAGAAGAUCAACUCGGUCGUGCAGUCCGGACAGCUGCUGUGUCAGGAGGACCACUACGAUGCCGACCGCAUCUACAAGAAGACUGAGAACAUGCAGCAGAGGUACGCUCGCUUGUUUUUAUUCUUACCCGUGAUGCACUGCUCCUGCAGCGGAGAGCGAACUCGCGCGCAUGCACACUUGUUUAUUUACUAUAGUGCACCGCUCGUGUUCCGCACAUGUUGUGCUUGUUUCUUACCCGUAAUGCACAACUCGUGCAAAUGCAUCCUCUCUCUUCUUCCUCUUCCCCGCGCGCGCACAGGAAGCCGAGAAGCUGAAGGAGGAGCGUCCUUCCCUACACCCGCGUAUGCAAUGCAUCCCUAUAAUGCAUCCUCUCUCUUCUUCCUCUUCCCCGCGCACACACAGGAAGCCGAGAAGCUGAAGGAGGAGCGUCCGCAGUUCAGCGACACGGUGCAGCGACGCAUUGACGAGCUUCGCGAUGAGUAUGACGAGGUGCAGACGACGACGCGCGACAAGGGUCAGGAGCUGUUCGACGCGAACCGACACGUGCUCUACGAGCAGACGUGCGACGACGUCGAGGAGUGGAUGAACGACCUUGAGACGCAGAUCGUGCAGGACACGGGCACCGACCUGACCAGCGUCACCCUGCUCAUGCAGACCCAGCAGGUGCUGGAGAGCGAGAUGAACGUGAAGCAGGCGCAGGUGCUGGAGCUGGAGUCGCAGGCCUCGCACCUCGCCAAGAUGGAACCCGAGAACAUCGAGAAGCUAGAGGUCAUCACUGCGAAGAAGUCAAAGGUCGAGGAGAGGUUCCAGAAGCUGCAGGAGCCGAUGGUGGAGCGCAGGAAGGCGCUGGAACGCAAGCGCGUCGUCUUCCAGUUUGGCCGCGACAUCGAGGAUGAGCUGAUGUGGAUCGAGGAGAAGAUGCCGCAGGCGACGAGCAAGGACUACGGUAACAACCUCUACAGCUGCCAGAUGCUCGCCAAGAAACACCAGACCCUGCGUAACGAGAUCGACGGCCACGAGCCGCGCAUCGUCGGCAUCUGGGAGACAGGCAACCAGCUGAUCGAGGAGGGUCACCCGCAGGCCGCAGAGUUUGCGCAGAAGCUCAUACUCAGCUGCAGGUGCGCUGGGAGGAUCUGCGCAACGCCGUCGACGACCGCGAGCGAGCCCUCAAGGAGAACGAGAGGGCGCAGAGGUAUUUCUUCUGACACGUCGAGCGGGAGGCGUGGAUGUCGGAGCAGGGAGCAAUGCGCGUGCUGGCCAGAGCGCCAGAUCGACAAGCUGAUACGCGGGACUUGCGUGGUCAUGUGGUGUUGGGAGUUCGGACACGAAUUUGAGCCACAUCUGCGAAUGCUCGACGCCAGCUACCGCCGCACAAGUUACUACUACGACUGCAGGGUGCUCGGCAUGAUCCUGGAGAAGCAGAACUCGAUGUCGGAUGAGCUGGGUCGUGACGCCGGCAGCGUGUCCGCCCUCGGCCGCAAGCACACCAUCUUCGAGCAGGACCUGGCCACCCUCUCCGCGCAGGUGCAAGGCAUCCAGGAGACGUCGGCUAAGCUGCAGGCGUCGUACGCCGGCGACAAGGCGCGCGAGAUCCAGAACCGCGAGGCCGAGGUCGUCAACGCCUGGAUGAACAUGCAGAUGACGGUGGAGAGCCGCAAGGUGAAGCUGGUCGACACGGGAGACCUCUUCAAGUUCUUCAGCAUGGUGCGCGACCUCAUGCUGUGGAUGGACGACAUCAUACGCCAGAUGAACACGCAGGAGAAGCCGCGUGAUGUCUCCGGCGUCGAGCUGCUCAUGAACAACCACCAGAGCCUGAAGAACGAGAUCGACGCGCGCGAGGAGAACUUUGACAUCUGUGUCAACCUGGGACAAAACCUACUCGCCAGACGCCACUACGCAUCCGACGAGAUCAAGGCGAAGCUGCUGGGGCUGACCAACCAGAGAUCGGUGAUGAUGGAGCAGUGGGAGCAUCGCUGGGAGCACCUGCAGCUAGUGUUGGAGGUGUAUCAGUUUGCUCGCGACGCAGCCGUGGCAGAGGCGUGGCUGUUCGCCCAGGAGCCAUAUCUCAUUGGAGACGAACUCGGGCGAACGCUGGACGACGUGGAGCUACUGCUGAAGAAGCACGAGGCAUACGAGAAGUCCGCUGCCGCACAGGAGGACCGCUUCACUGCACUCGAGAGACUCACCACGUAUGAGCUCAAGGAGCUGCGCAGAAAGCACGAGGAGGAAGAGCAGAGAAAUCGUGCGGAACAGAGAGCUAUUGAGGAGGAGGAAGAGAGACUGCGAAAAGAAAGCCGCGAAGCAGAAGAAAGAGGCUGGGACACCAGAGGAGGAGGUGCCAACGAGGAGAGAAGCUCCUACGGACGAGAGCCCGUCUGUUCGCUCGUCCAAGAGGAAGGGUAAGACCACCUCUGCUCCCACAAGCAGUCUAAAGAGAGGUGAGGGAGAAGGUGGAGACGCACAUAUGGAGGGCUACCUGACACGCAAGUACGACCUAGCAACCGGCGGGCAGCGGUCCACACACAGAUCCUGGGACAAGGUGUACUGCGUCCUGCAAGGACCUCAGCUUACUUUCUUCAAGGACCAGAAACAUGCCAAGCAGGAGGGCGCCACCCUACGUCACGAAUCGCCGAUCGACCUGCGAGCAGCGCAGGGUGAGGUCGCUAGCGACUACACGAAGAAGAAGCACGUUUUCCGGCUCAGGCUGUCGGUGGGCGCCGUCUACCUGUUCCAGGCGAAGGACGACAGUGAGAUGGAGUUCUGGCUUCGCACGGUCAACUCCGUGCGGGACGUGACUGCGACACCGACGAGCCCCGCUCGCUCGCAGACCCUCCCGCUGUCCGGCGACAAGAAGGAGGAGUCUUCCAAGAAGCGCAGCUUCUUCACGUUGAAGAAGUAGAGGUGUCGCCACGGCGAUGACCGGCGGCUCGCGGUCGAGAGAGACGGAACGUACAUGCGGUAUUGCGCGCGGGGGGGAUGUGAAUAGCUAGCUAGUUGUGAGAGAGAGAGAGAAGGGGGGACGUCCGUCGCGCGCUGGGGGUGCGGGGGGUGCUGUUCCCACGCGCUGCCCGAGUCGUCGUCGCUGGCAACGGGGGAGGGGGCGGCGUCGGCGUCGUCAUGGGCAACAGGGGGAGGCGAUGGGGGACGCGAUUGCAGAUUUGGAGGGAAAACCACACGUACGAUAUUGUUGCAUCGAGCGCGGCGAUAUGCCUCUGCGAUAAGUGCGUCGCAAUUGAGAGUAGAACUGUAGAGGUGGGGGAUGAGAGAGAUAAGUAGUAGAGAGAUAAUAAUGAUGAUAAUGAAAAGCGUGGGUUGUGCGGCGCAGCUGCGGCGGCGGCACGUGCGCAACGCUGGCGUGGGGAUCGCGUGAGAACAGCUCUCCCUCGGUAGGACUCUCCUGCCACCCCACCCUGAGGUUCUGUAUUCAGAGUAGAUGCAAAAUUCUUGAGAGGCACAGUGGGGAGGAGGGGAGGAGGGGGAGAAACGCGGCGAGACAGCAGUCCCCCCUCUCCUUCUCUCAUUCCAUUUUUGCUCUCGACGUCGUUGCCGGGCGGUUCCUCCCCUCCCCCUCCCCUCCUCCCCGCCGGAUUCUCUCCGCGAGCGACUGCAGUGACCACCCUCCCCCGGUCGCCGUCGUCGUCGGGAGAGAGGCGUUGUGAUGAAGGGAGCUUCACUGCUACUAACUGCUGGUACGACUGCUACUACUACUACUAGGACAAGACUACUACUACUGCCAGUGAACUGAGAGCCAGAUGGUGCAUUUAGCUUUGCUUUAGGUCUCCAAGUUUAAUGUUCGCACGCCCGGCGGUUGCCGUAGCAAUUAACAAAGACAGCUGCCAGGAGCGAGAGCGAACGCUUACGCGCGCAGGCACCGCUGUCGCUGUGUCGCGGCGGCGGUUGCCGUGACAACUAAUAAAGAUGGCUACCAGGGGGAGAGUGAGGGCGAGCGCGUGUGUAUGUGCGGUAGUUUCUGUAUUCUCGUGGCCUUGCGCCAGAGGUCAGCGUUAACUCUGGGUCAGCAUGGCGCGAGCUUGGAGCCAACGUUGUUCUCUGUCCCUCUCUCUCUCGCUCUCCCUUAGGCCAUUAGCUUCUCUCUCUAGCGAGCGCGUGGCUUUAGCUUUUUUGGGGGUAUUUUUUGAAAGAAUUUUAAUUUUUUUACACGAUAAAAAAAUCAGGACAUUGGAGAGGAAAAUCGCGCAUCGCUCCGGGCAGCCAGCUUCAAUAGAUUGUAUAUAACAUACGCGUAUGUGUAGCGUUAGCUUCGAUUGACAGGGAGCGGCGCCGCGCGGCCGACCGGUGCGUCUGGCCGGCCUCACGUGGGUGCCCUCUCGCCAGACUAGGUUGUGCUCCAGUAAGUAGAUGCUGCAGAAUUAGAGGCAGAGUUUGUGCGUGCGUGCGCGCGCGAUAGCUUUUUACGAGGUUUUACUGUUAUCGUAGCUUUUCGUGUUAUGUCUGCGAUUAGUAGGAGCGUCGCCGCCGCGUGACAGGGCGAGCAUUCCCCCGGCUUACACCGUACUCCCGCAGUAUCACUGCCAACCGGCGCGACCUCUGCGUGACCUCGGUUGCCAUGGUUGCGCCGGCGCAGACGGCGCCACGUGCCAGUUCGAGCGACCUUGAAUGUAUAGGUUGUGACGUUCACUCGUAAUCGUCAGGACGUCUCGUCGCAGCGUUCCAUGUUGAUUUAACUCAUUAUUAGAUUUUAUGACGAUGAAAUUUAUUCAUUUUAGUACGCACGGAUAUCAAAUGGUUGUGGAAUGAUUGAGAAAAAACAAAAGAGUACCGAUUCAGGUGUUUUUUUUUAUGCGUAAAGAGGUUAGGAUUUUUUGAAACGACGAAUGAAACUAUAUUCGGUAGUCUAUUUAAUAAUAUGCAUGCUUUUAAUGCUGUGAUUAGGAUUUAGCAAGGGUGUAGACUUCAAAACUGGAACGUAUUUAUGAGUAUAUAGCCAUCCCUACGAAUAAUCAUGUUUUUCUGUCUUUAGAAGGUGUCGUGAGUCUAAGGUAAUAAGCACCUGUUUUAUUAUUAUAUAUAAAAGAUGUUUCAUGCCAAUGACGCUACUGCUACUACUACUACUACUAUUACUGCCGCGUACUAUUACAGUACCGUGAUGUGAGCACGUGAGAGCCUUGUCGUGGGUACAGCGAGUAUGUGUCUACAUUUCGAGUCUUUGUCCGGUAUAACGCUCUGUGUUGUUUGUCCAUAUCAGCAUCUUUUUCUACAAGAGAGAGAGAGAGAGAGAGAGCGCGCGCAGAAAUAGAAAUUUGCGUAGUCAUAUCCGCACGGGCAUUGUAGCUUAGAAUUCUUCCCCCUUUCUCUCUCUCUAUUCAUGUCACUGACACCUUCAGCGGUUAUUCCGAAAUCGGUUGUGAUUGAGUUACGGUAUUGCAAAUGCUCCGCUUUGAAAUCUUUACUCAUAGAGGGCGCCACCUAACGGCGUGGGAGCGCAACAGUCAGCAGAGGGUUAGUGAAAAUUAAUGAGGUUAGUGAACGGCAUUCUUUUGCGGAUUUUUUUAAAUAUAUCAAAACGCUUUCUAUCGUUGUUUUUUGUAGUCCCUAUGAAUGUACUGAGUCGUCUACGUCGUGCGUGGAAGGCACGACUUGCAUUGUAGCAUGUGCAUGUUGCAUGUGUAACCUUUAAGAUGACAGACUCCAAGCGGUCGUUUACAUUGCUUAACAGUUUCUGCGUAAAAGUGAAAACAACUAGAUGGUAUUAUAAAGUGAUGUAUUUACCUAUACUCCCCGGUCUUUGUGUAUUCAUUUCACUCUCUCUUUCUCUCUCUGUGUAUCUGGGUGUCUCUCGCACAGUGGUGUAUUUCAAUGUAACUUUUGCUAAGGCAUGUGUUUUUGUGACACAAAGUUUAAUCUUUUCACACAGCGUGUCACGUUUUAUUUUGUAACAUGCUUAAGAUACGGCGAAAUAAACAUUUUUCAAGUGAAAUUCGA